AUGUAAGACUAAGAAGAUCAUUUUGUUCCUGACUAUGAAGAAGAACCUCAACCAAACCCUGUGCAAGGUUCCACUUUAGGUAAAAAAGGAAAAAAGUGCCCUGUUUAUAACUCGAAGUUUACACAUGUUCGACGACAUGUUAUUCAAGAACAUAUUCCUUGGUUUCUUUAUCCAACGACAUCAUGUUGGACAUGUGAAUUAGGUUUUGGCCAGGAAAGAUUUUUAAGACUACAUAUAGAAAAAGAACAUUUUGAUGACUCCAGCUACUGUAGAUAUGAUACUAACAUUCAUGGUCAAAUUUGGGUUGAAAAAAUAUCUUCUUUAAUCAACAGAUUCAACAAAAUUAAUGUGAUAUCGUCUAUAAAUUCAAAUGAAAAAUUUUCCACAUGUUUAGGAACAAUUUGGCAAGAAGAUGACCUAGUACAAAUAAAAUAUUACUUGGAUGCAACACAUCAACACCAGGCAUUAACAAAGACACCUUAUCCCGCUAAAAAUUUCACAAGUCUAUUACACUGGAAAAUACUCAGUAUUCUUUUGGAUAUUAGCAGCCCUCCUGCUGAGGUUCUACAAAAAUGUGAACUUAACAAAAACAAAGAAAUACUUAUAAUAGGAUCCUCAAUUAUUCAUUGGGCCCAUCAAAGAUCAAUUAUAUUUAAAUGGCAUUAA